AUGCACCAGGCUGGCCACCAUCCCUGGCCUUCUCCAGCUGUGAACGGCUCAGGGGGUCAAGAGCUCCAGAGGCAACUCCCAGAGGUGCCAGGUGGGGCCUGGGAACCACCGCGAGGGGAUGGGCUGCCCCUGCUCACCGUCAUUGUCGCUGCCUUUGUCCUGCUGGCCGUCUGUAUCGUGGUGGCAGUUCACUUUGGGCCAAGACUACAUCAGGGCCGUGCCACUCUCCCCACAGAGCCACCAACCCCAAAGCCGGAAGGCGGCAUCUACCUCAUCCACUGGCGAGUGCUGGGCCCCCAGGACAGUCAUGAAGAUGCCCAGCGGGAGCCUCCUGUCCCUGGCUCCUGCCCUGUGCCAGAUGGGCCUAGGCUCAGCAUUGAUGAAGUCACAUGUCUGUAGGAGGGAGACUUUGAAAAGUUGGACCAACCUGGCUCAGAACAAGAAACCGGACAGAGAAUUAGGGCACAAGCAAAUUGGGGCCUGGACAUCAGAGCUUUGGAAAUGCACACAUGGACUCAGCUGGAGCUGCUCUCUCUGCAGAAUAUUUAUAGAGAAAACGCUGAUGUGGACAGAAGAAAUAAAAGAAGCUUGAGGGCUUUGCCUGGAAACACGCUCCUAUGAGCAUUGCUAGGGCCCAAAGCUGCCCUUACAAAGUGACUCCCUGCUUUUCAGGGACCAUCAGAUCCCUGACCCUCCUUUACCAAGUCCUUACCUCCUCCUCUCACCCCUAAUCUCCUUUGCUUUUGGUGUCAACAUGAGUCCAGCUCGCAAGAUUCCCCCACCCACCCUACCCCUGUGCAUGGAUCUCAGAGUCUCCUUGUAGGUCCUACCCCCAAAGCCCCCAGGUCCUGUGAGGGCUAGUCAGGGACAGCCACGGCAAAGAACCUAGGGGCCUGCCUUCUCUGGUACUCAGGAAGAGAAGGAAAAUCUGUUGCCCUUCACCAAUUGGAAGACAUCCCUUUGGCUAUUGGAGCUUAUGCCUCAUCAGCAACUUCCAAGGCCCUUGUAAAGCCCCAAGCACCAAUUAUAGCUCCCCACAUCACUUUUGAAUGCCUCCUACUAUGUUGGGGCAAGAUUUUGUCUUGCCUUCCCAAGAUGGGAUGGGGAAUUUGGGGGUUCUCAUUAUAUCCCCUUUUUUGUGUGUACCGGCCAGUUGGAACCAGCCUAAAACUUAUCACAUGACAUUGCCCAAAUCCAGAACCUUCCAGCUGGUGGGAAAACAAGAAAGGAAGAGGAGCUCCAUGCAGCUUGUCUAAGGGAAGGAAGGAAUGAGGAGAGGUUUUGCAGGGGGUGUGGGCAUGGAGGUAAGAUGCAGGAAGGCAGAGCUGAGCCUCCGGGUGGCUCUCUGGAAAGUCACUCUCUCCCUGACACAUCCGCACCUCACUGAUGUGCAGUCGAGAACAUAAGGAUAGGCAUUUAUGGAGGGGCCUCUGAGUUCUUUACCCUGGGGAACACCUGAGGACAGCCGGUGCACCCUGGUACCAGCCUUGGCGAGACCCUAGCACAGUCAGGAAGGCAAGGAUAGCAGACGAUGAAGAGGAACAGAGGUGGAGAUUGUAAUGUGUACAGAGGACGGGCCUGCCUCCUUCGUGAGAGGCAACUAUAAUGUUCAUGGCUGCUCCUUGCGGCCCAGCCCUGUGCCGGCCACCCAGCUCAUCCACCGACCUGUGGCUAUCAGACCGUUCACUCCCCAUAACAAGCUUGGGAGGAGGAGCCACUCUUGUCUCCAUGUUAUAGCGGAGGAUAUCAAGAUCCCCAGGCAGACACGAGUACUAAGUGGUAAAGUCACGAUUUGAACCUGAGCUCUCAGACUCCACAGCCUAAGCACCAAGUUGGGGGCUUGAUGGGUGGGAGAGGGGCAUUUUGGAAAGGCCCUUGAUUCUGCCCUGGUUUCUAGUCACAGGAAUGAUUGGUGUAAUGUUGGAGGAGCCUCAGGCCUUGGGGGCAGAAUGGCUGGGACAGCUGUGAAGAAGAGAUUGUGUCCCCCUUUACUCCUUAGGCUGUGGCAUCCUUGGGAGCAGUUGGUUCCUUCUGGCAAACAUGUGUCUGUCUGUUGAGCCUUUCUCCACAGUGAUGCUGUACACAGAAAUUCGUAUUGAGCUUCUGUGAUAAAAACAGAGGUGAGGGGCCCCUGGCUGGCUCUGUCAAUAGAGCAUCCAACUCCUGAUCUUGGGGUUGUGAGUUUGAGCCACACAUUGGGUGUAGAGAUUACUUUAGAAAAAAUUAAAACAAAACCAAACCAGAGGUGGGAGGUAGGGAAUAAGUCGUGGAUAGAACAGAAGGAACUGGUAGAAAUGGGCCGCCUGCCCUCCCAAACAGGUCACUACAGUGUUGUAAUGGCUUGGUUCUAACAGUGAUGUCAUAAGACACAGCAGGUGCCCGGCUGUGUGGUCCAAGGUCUCCCAGAGCAUAUCCCGUCUCCUCACACGAACCCCCCCCCCUUUAUCCCUUUGCAGGCUCUAUCAUCCGGGGACAUUCAUCCAGUGGCCCCUGCUCCUUUGAGUAGCCUCUUGCCCUGGACGCGGCUGUGUGCCCCUCAUGACAUCAGCGUGCCUGCUCAGGCUGCUCCGUAUUCCCCAAGCCUCUCACUAGAGACAAGGGCCCUGCAAGGGCAUGCAGACACCGUGGGGCAUGCUACCCUCCAUGCCCUCAGUCUGAUUCCUGGGCUCUGUCCACAGUGAAACCAUACCCACCACCGCACCGCCCUGUCCUAGAAUAAGGAGGGGGUCUAAGGAAGUAUGACUGUGCAAGUGGAUUUGGACAUUUCAGAUAAUAAAUGCCAAUCACUUGUGUCAGUCAGAGUCCAGCUAGAGAAAGAUGGCACACUCAAAUAGGUCAUCUGAGCAGUGUUGAAAAAGGGGGCUGUUUAGGGGCGCCUGGGUGGCUCAGUCGGUUGAGCGUCUGACUCUUGAUUUCAGCUCAGGUCAUGAUCUCAGGGUCAGCCUCCCCCACAUACACCCAUGUAUGCACUCUCUGAAAAAAAAAAAAUUAAAAAAAAAGAAAGGGGGCUGUUUAGAAAGGGCAGGUAUAAGGAAACCACAAGUGAGAGUGAGUGCUCCAGAGGGGACAUUGCAGAAAACCAGGACCAUUGCUGGGUCUGAGCAGCAUGGGGAAGGGACAGGUAAUGGAACCUGGGGAGAGACAGAGUUACGGAGAACAUGGCAGAACCAUGACUUUAGGUUGGAGAUGCAGAGAGCCCA